GCCCCUCGCCCGCCCGUCCUCCUCCAGUUCGUCCCGACUCCGAGGCCACCCGCCAUGACGGAGGACCGCACUCCCAGGGCAUCAGAUGAGCCCACCACCGCGACGAAGCAGAGGAAGAAGAGGAAGUGGGAUCAACCCGCAGAGGACGUUGUGUCGGCGGCAGCAGCAGCAGCUGCUGCGGCGGGAUUGCCCGUGUUGAACGUCGGGGCUCUGUGCGGCCUUCAAUUCCCCGGCACUACUGCCUAUCCUGCUGCCCCCAAUGUAGUCCCUGCCCCAUAUGCAUUGCCGCCGCAGGUCGCGCCGUCAGUGCUUCAGAGUGCUGCCGCUGCGAUUCAGAAACUGAGUCAGGCUAAAAUACCGGAUGAGCUUAUAGCACGGGAAGUUGUCAUAAAUGACGCCGAUCCUUCCGUGCGGUAUAAGCUCACGAAACGGCAAACACAGGACGAGAUUCAGCGAUGCACAAGCACUGUUAUCAUUACAAGGGGAAAAUACCAUCCUCCCAAUGGACAGCCUGAUGGUGAGAAGCCACUCUAUUUACAUAUCUCAGCAGGAUCUCAGCUGAAAGAUACUGCUGAGCGUAUUAAAGCUGUUGAUCAUGCGGCGUCAAUGAUCGAGGAAAUCUUGAAACAAGGGCAAAUGCCAGAAGCCAUCCAGAGCAACAGACAGGCUAUUCAUCCUUUUACUGCGUCCAUAUUUUUGGGUUUUGCUGCAGAUCCAUCGUUGAAUGUUGCGGCUCGCAUCCGUGGUCCAAAUGAUCAGUAUAUAAAUCACAUUAUGAAUGAAACAGGCGUCACUGUUGUACUAAGAGGAAAAGAUUCAGGGAAUCUUGGCAAUUGCCAAGAUGAAGCAUCACAACAACCUCUGCACAUGUACUUAUCAAGUGUGCAUCUGAAGAGCCUAGAAGCUGCAAAGGUUUUGGCAGAAAACCUUCUGGAUACGAUAGCAGCCGAAUUUGGUGCUUCCAGAAUUUCUUCUUCAAAAGUAUAUGGUGCUGUUCCACCUCCACAGCAGUUGUUGGCUGGUGUGCAGACGUCUGGAACAACAUCAGACAUACAUUCUACUUCAGGGCCUUAUGUCUCACCAGGAGCAUCACAUUCCUUUGCACCUACUGGAAUUACUUCCCCAGUGGCUGCUCCUUCACUGACACUUCAUUCUGGGGCACCAACUUAUUCUGGGACUCCACCACUUAGUAACCUGAUCUGUCCUAGUCAAGCAGCAAAUAGUGGGGCACUUUACAAUGGCUAUGGAAACAUUUAUCCCCAGGCAACUCCAUUGCAGCAGGUGGCAUUAGCGCUCAAGCAUGCUUCAUCGUCAACAACUCAGGCUGUUCCAGUUGCAUCCACAUCAACAAGCUCUAUGAAAAAUGUGAAUGCAAGUCUAAAAUUGGAGUCAGAUAAACGAUUACAAAGGAGGAAGUUCCAGGAACUGCCAACAGCAGACCUUCAGAACUCACAACAGCGGUCCAAAUUUGUUACGACAGGUUUAGAUGAUUUAGGUAAGAUGAGCAGUUCAUCGGUUGCACCUAAAAUGAUAGUCCAGCCUGGAUCAAAUGGGAUACUUCCACAAGACCCACGGCAUAGGCCAUCGCAUAUGUAUAUAUCCACUAGCAUGCCGCCACCACCACCACCACCACCACCCAAGAACUUGUCACCACCUUAUUCGAAGGACAUGCCACCCCCACCUCCCAGGAACAUGCCUCCACCACCACCCAAGUUCCCGUCAGUUGAAGUGUUACGAAAUGAAAAUAGGUAUUCAUCAGAUUUAAAGGAGCCUAUGGUGCCUCUGAAGUCCUUGGGCGCGAGCUCUGUCUCGCCACCAAAGGUUUUGUCAGCUCAAUUACCUUCUUCAAAGGAGACUAAAGAAGAAAAACCAAGUAGUGCAUCAGUUUCUGAUACUCUGCUGAAGCUCAUGGAUUACGGGGAUGAUGAUGAUGACGACGACGAUGAUAUUAUUGAGACGGAUAACAGCGUACCUGGAGGGACCCCAACUCCCAGUUCAGGGCAGAAACCGUUUUGGUCUGUAUGAAAAUGAGUUUGCUGUGUACUAUAGUGUGUAUUCGAAUGCAGACAGAGGGGCCUUACCUGGCCUGAUGUGUCUUCUCAGUGAUAAAAGUCACUGAACGCUUCUUGUAUUCUUACUGUACCAAUGCUAACUUGUUAACAGAUUCGCUGAUCACAUAUACAUGUGAUUUUCCUUCA